UUAUAAUCAAAAUUGAUAGAAGGAAGUAUAAAAUAUGAGCUACAAUAUUAAAAAUACAAUGAUUCCCUCAAGAUACAAGAGCACCAAUGCUGAGCAAAUUGAAAGGAGGCUAAGUUCUCAAAGACUGGAAGACUCCGAAAGUGUCCAUUCUCAAGACACCAAAGACAUGAUCAAGAGUAUCGAUAACAAAGAUGAUACCAUAACUAAAAAUAUUGCCACAAGCAAGAAUAUUCUUCAGAGGAUCCAAAUACAGUAUAAAGCUAGACAAAAGGAAUAUAAGCACAGGGUUGAUACUAUCCAUAAAAUAAAAAAUGUACUGAAAGACGUUAUUUGGCAGUAUUUUUCUCCAUAAUUUAUUUAGGUUGAAGCAACUUGUCCCUAAGUACUUGAACCUCGAGUUAGAAAAUAUCUGGAACUCUAGUUUUGAUAUUAAACAAUUCCAGUUAAAAUUAUCGAGAUUAGCAGUCUCAGAUCAUCAAGCUCGGAUAAAAUGCCAAAAGCUAGGCGUUAACUUAAUGAAAUUACUUAGCCUUUAUAAAGCUAGCGAAAGGCUGCUUAGCAAGGCUGAGAAACGUUUGGCAUCCAUGAAGAAUAUAGCAGCUUUCAUUGAGAACAAACCAGAUUUUAUAAAAUCUGUGACUAGGAUAUGCCAGGAAUUUGGCAAUAAAUCUGGGAAAGAACUACUGGAGAUGAUCAUCAGAAAUAACAACAAGGCUGGAGGACUUAAAUAAAACAUUCAUCGAGAACGGAAAGAUCAAGCUGAAUAGUUCACAAACUGGCUUAAGCAAGUUCUGCAAGUCUUAUAAGGGGUUGAAGAAGAUCAAAGAGCUUAAUGAUGAAGAAGAAGAAGCCACUAAAGAUCAAGAAUCGCUGAAGAAAAGUGAACACCAAAAACCAGGGAAGUCCCAGCUAACACACAAGAACUUAAAACUUCACAAUCAAAAAUUUGCAUUUGAAAAGAGAUACAAUAGCAAUUCAAAAGCCUCUCCUAAUCAAAUUGACGCUCCAAACUUCAUUAACCACACUCAAAGGCUUUCUGAGAUACCAGGAAUGAGCGCUGGGAAAAUGUUUAAAUUAACUGAGGUCUUCACCAAAAGUAUUGGGACUUCCCUUGUUGGCACUAAGAACAAUCCCUUUCUGUACAACAACAUGUUCUACUCUCUGUGCAGAAGCAGUGUUGCAGGCUCCUCGUGAAAGGACUUUUCAACUGCUAGAACAAGCUAUCGCUUGUCUCAACAGCAGAGGAAGGAUCCUUUCUCUGCUGUUAACAAGCUAACACCUCAGAUAAGCAGAGAGAGUCUUUCUGAGAUCCAGAAGGAGUUCAGCUUCAGCCAGCUAUCUGAUGCUGGCUCUGAUGGGUACAGAAGGGAUAUCAUCGAUAAUCAGAACUAUUUAGAAGACUACCGGCCACCUGAAUAACAAUAAAUAGCUUAAACUCUCCAAAUGGCUUAUAAUUCCCACAUAUUUCAUUCCUAACAUUUAGAAAA